GGCGCCCAGAGGGCAUCCUCACCAGAUGCCCAAACCACCUCAACUGGCUCCUUUCGACGCUCCUCACGAAUGGCUGAGCUUCAGUUUGGAAGAGCUGAAGUUCAGAAAGCUGAAAAGUCAUUGGCACCCUUCUACUGAAGGAGCUGAAUAUUUUAUUCAAUUAUUUAAUAGCUGAAAAAUAAAUUGAGUGGAAUAAAGCUCAGAAGAACAAUAGUUGGAAAUGUUUAAAAGCCUCCCAACAGUUAUACAUUAUACCUACUAGGUUAUGCAGUUAAAUAAACUUAGCCAUUCAUGGCGGUAUUUUCUCAUUCUCGUCCCCCUUCCCCCCUCCCUGUCGGCCGGUCGGAUGGCCAGCGCCCCCCCUCCCUAUGAUCCAUCAAAACUUCCCUCUUCAACAUACAUACAGCUACAUAUUUAUAUUAAACACUCAAGUAUUGACAAAAUCCUCUAAUAUUAUCAAACGAUUCAGCUUUUUUAUAUCUAAUAAAUAUUUGAACUAUUCCUGAUAAUAUUUCAUUCAUUUUUCAAACUGUUCCUAACUUCAUCGUGGGUGUGCAUUGGGAAGCUUGAGUGGUCAUUGGAGAGAUUUGAGCAGCUUCAGAUUCUUACGAAAAAAAAUAUUUCAAUUUUAUCAGCAUUUCCACAAUUUUCCCUCCUUCAGUUUUGAUAAAAAGUUAUUCAUGUAUCUGAGACGAGUUCAGAAGGUCCUAAGAAUUCCAACAAUCAUUCCACAUUUGGUAACAGCAGCCAGAGAUUGAGACGAAGUCCAACCUGUCUCCACCCGCAAUAAUGCUCAAAGAAUGAGGUACGUUCUAGAAACUGUGGCAUGAGUGCGAUUUCUGACUGCACAAACAUAUAUCGUAUAUUUCUCAGCUCUCUCACUAUAUCAUUAUUUAAAUUGAUUAAAAAAUUCAAUAAUUAAUUCAAAAGUAGUAGUGUAUUGCAUACUUAUUUGUGCAAACAAAUCAAGUUAUUUGUAAGAGCGUUACUCCCUCUAUACAGUAGUAGUUAAAACAUUUAUUGUAAAUUUAAACUUACCUAAAUUAUUGUUUUUAAAAUAAGAGUGAAAGUUCUCAAAUAUAUACUUGUACUUUAAAAAAACCAACCAGGCUUUGCUGCGCCUAUAUGUCUACAUACCUCUUCAUCGCCAGGCUUUAUUUAAGGAGGGACCUCACUGAACAUCUGGGUGGACGUGUUCUCGUAUCAGUGUGACUCGGAGGCCUGAACAGAAGAAACGGUUUUCUUUGGCCCAUGAUGGGGUACAGCGAGCUGUGUCUGUUACUGCUGCUGAGCAUGAACACGUUGGCUCAGGACGGCAAUGCCAGUGAUGAACUAACCUCAUCAUGUCUGUUGGCAUCCGGAUUCAAAACGUAUAAGAAAUAUGUGUACCAGUACACAACAGAAAGCAGAAACCGUGUGGUAGGCAACCGAAAGAAUGGCCCGCAAGUCUCCUGUCAGGUUGAGAUUGAAGUCCCCCAAAGGUGUAAAUUCAUCAUGCACACCAGAAACUGUGCUCUCAGAGAAGUCUCCGUAAUGGAUCCACAGGGUCAGUCGGUCUACAAGCACAGUCCCGGCUCCAAGGCCUUCCAGGCCGCCAUGCAAAGGAAGGCUCUGAAAUUUACUGUGGAGGGAGUGACCCGUGUCUACCUUUACCCCGAGACGGACGAGCCUGUUUCCAUCCUCAACAUUAAAAGAGGAAUCCUUUCAGCUCUCAUUGUGCCCGUCAUGGAGGAUGAACAGAAUAUCUCCAUGAGCACAGUGCACGGACAGUGUUCUACAAACUACCUGGUGCAUGACAGAAAGGACGCAGCCACACAAGUAAAACUUUCCAGAGAUCUCUCCCAAUGCGAUCAGUUCUACAGCAAGGAACUUGUCAACAGUCCCCUUGCCUUGCUGCAAAGAAUGCAUCGUCCAUUGUCUAAACUGAUUACAAGCACUCAAGACUGCAACUACCAGUUUGAUAACCAGGGGAAGCACAUCGUGGUCGCCAUGUGCACAGAAAAUCACUUCUAUGAGCCAUCUUACUCUGUUGGAAUAUCAUCUAAAGUGACCCAGAAUCUCAGCUUUCAGAGCUCCAAAAGGAUAAACAACAAAGUAUUUGACAUAAAUCCCAGCCACAGCAAGCCACUCCACUUUCAACACAAUGACAAUAAAGCUCCAGUUCAGACGAAAGACACUGCUCUGAGCACUCUCACUGACCUCAUGGCUUUGGCCGGCACCGACCAGGGUCAGAGGAGGACCAGCCUUUUCCAUAAGCUGGUGUCCAGCCUGCGCGUCCUGAGAAACGAGACCCUAAGCCAAACGGUCACGGAGAUGUUGGAUGUGUCAGGCUUGCUCACCUGGCAGGCCCUGUUCCAGUGUGGAUCCACAGAGUGCACCAGUGCCAUUUUCCAGGCUGUCAGGACCAUUGAUGGUCUGUCACCAGAGGUGGACGCUCUAAUCUAUGGGCUGAGUCUAGAGGCUAAUCCCGAUGCCACACGUGUCAGAGAUAUGCUCAGCAUGGCUCAGUAUAAGCAAAGCAGGGCCAUCAUGUAUGCACUAGCAAACACGGUCAAAAAGUUCCAUAAAGCAAAGGUUACUCCAGUGGUCACUGAUGUGUCAAAGUUCAUAGAAUCCCUCCUAAACGACUGCCUGGAAGAAUCACUAAAUGAAGAUUCUGAGAUUCCUUCUGAUCCCAAAGAGAUUACCUUCCUCGUACUCAGGGUUGUUGGUGUCAUGGGUAAAGCCAUGCAAGCUGUGAGCCCCAGCCUGAUUUCUUCCAUUUUGCGCUGCGCUAAGAGAACUGACAUUCCAUCACCAAACCAAAAGGCAGCUGUACAGGCCUUUCGGUUGAUGGACAUUAAUAAUGAGGUCAAAAACAUCUUAAUGGAGGUGUUGAAGGAUUCACAGAACCCUGUUGAGAAACGUGUAGCAGCCUACUUGAUUCUGAUGAAGAACCCAGACCAAGCCCUGGUUAGAGACAUUCUGAACAAUAUGCAGAACGUGAUGAACGAGCAGCUUAAGAGCUUUGUGCUCUCCCAUCUGAAAAACAUCCGCAACUCUGACCAGCCUCAAAUGUAUCAACUUAAGGAGUACAUUGAAUUGGCCUUAGGAGACCAGCUAUUGCCUACAAUUAAGGUACUUAAUGGCAUGUCAAUGAACCGCAAAAUGGACUCUCCUUUGGGCUCAGUGCAGAGUAACAUCAUCUUCAAUGGCACCGACACCCUGCCUAAGGAGGUGAUGCUGGAGACAACUCUAAACGCUUUUAACUACAACUAUGACAUCUUUGAGGUCUGCAUUGAAGGAACAGGAUUUGAACCAACAAUUGAUGCUCUUUUCGGAGAAGAAGGUUUCUUCCCUGACACCAUCUCCAAAGUCAUGUACUGGGCAGGUGACAAAGCCAAGAUGCUCAAGGAGGUUUUGGGUAGGGUUGCUCCAGAAAGAUCCAGAAUGAAGAGACAGGUCCCACACGAUCUCCUGAAAGAUAUCUCUAAAGGUGUCAAAAAGCUCAUGUAUGACGUGCAUCUCCCUCCAGCCCCUGAAGCAAUUGGCUAUCUUCGGCUUCUGGGUGCUGAAAUAGGAUACAUGAAGACCAGUGACAUGACAAAGAUGGCUGAAUCUCUGUUCAUGUACUACAAUGUUUUCUUCAAGGUGCUACCUGCCAAGGCCAUUUUUGCAUUGAUAUCUAGCAGUGAAAAUGAAGUAUUUGCCCAUUACAUCUUCAUGGAGACUGCAUUCUCUUUACCUACUGCUGCUGGCUUUCCUCUGAAGUUCUCUUUGGCUGGUGUGUUUGCACCUGGGGCCAAAGGAGGCCUGAGUCACUCACCUGCUAACUUCAUGAGUGACUUCUCCUUCAUGCCUUCUGUUGGACUAGAAUUCAUCACACAAAUGUGGGUGCACAUUUCAGACUAUGUGGAGGCGGGGCUUGAGAUGCACACUAAUAUGUACCAUGAGAGUUCACUUAAUGCUAAGGUCACCAUAAGCAGAAACCAGAUGAAACUGUUGAUACCUGCACCCAUUUCAAACACUCAGUUGUUCAGCAUUAGUAACAAGUUGCUGUCAGUAUCCUCCAGUCAAACAUCAAUAGUGCCUCCCUUGUCUGAGGAGAGAACUGACUCAACUAACUGCCAGCCCCUUUUCAGAGGUCUGAGAUUUUGCUCAAUUGAGUUCUGCAAUGCUACUUCAAUAGAUGAGGCCCCAUUUUACCUCCUGACUGAGAACAAAAAGUAAGAGUAAACCACAUUGACAAAGUUCAUUUGAACCCAUUUGCUUUUAGUUAGGUUAUGUGUUAAUACUAUUG